GAAGAGUUUUUCAUACCUUGUUGUCCAUUUUUUAUUAGUUUCGACUAAGAAUUGAAAGCAAUCACAUCCGUUUGAUUUCUUUUCUUUAUUUUUUGUGUGGCUUAGUUUAAUUUUGUCGUUUAGUUACAAAUGUGAUACAAGGUGAAACGGAGCGAUACCUAUAUCUAGCAGCCAUUUUGAUUACUACAACAUGAACUAAAAUACAGUCACAAAAAGUUUAACAAUAUGCGUAAAUUACUUAUUCUGGCAUUGUUAUUAUAUAACAUCAUUGCAAUGGGAACGAGAGUUAAUAAUUAUGAUUAUGAUGAUAUCGAUGCAAACAAAAGACACUCAAUCAUAGAUGACAGAAGAAACUGGAGGAAGAAAGCUUUGCUGAAACCAAUAGACGAUCACAAGGAAUGGACAGAUAGAAGGAGACAUGAUUAUGAUAAUAGAGACCCUAGGUACAUGGAUGAACCGGAACAGAAGAUGUUUGGAGGGAUAGACAGGCCGAGAGACAUGGAUAUAUCAUCGCCGUAUCGUCCGGGGCCGGGGCCGCAGAGGCACUACGAAGAUGAAAAAAUGAAUUUACAGCAAUCUAUAAAAAGUGCAGAAGCACCUCAUGUACCUCAGUACAUUGAUAAAGAACCAGAAAGAGAAAAGAAACUACCGAUGGCAAUGAACUGCGAGAGACCACAUGAAAGGUAUGAAGCGUGCUUCGCUGGCUGCGCUUCUGUGACGUGCGACAACCCCCGGGACCGGCUGCGGCCCUGCUACCCGUUCUGCGAGCCGGGCUGCAUCUGCGUGCAUCCCUACGUGCGCGACGACAGGACCCACAAGUGCGUCCUGCCCGAGGAGUGCACUAAAGGCCUCAAGGGAAUCCCAGAUCUUGGAGACGAUAUUUAAGUUAAUGAAUAAAGUACUAUGAAACAAU